AUGAAGUCUUGGCAUAUCCUGCCCUUCUCAUUUGCCAUUGAAAAGGUCAACCAGAAUCCCAGGCUCUUGCCCAACAUCACCCUGGGCUACAGCAUCUACGAGAACUAUUUCAAUGCAAAGAUGACAUAUGAUGCCACAACAGACCUGCUCUCUACUGGGCAUAAAAACAUUCCAAACUACUACUGUGGAAGGCGGAAUAACCUGUUGGCUGUUCUUGAAGGGGCUGACUCUGAAAUCUCAGGCCAGAUUUCAACCAUGUUGGACAUCUACAAGAUCCCACAGCUCCACCGUUUCCUGAAAAAAACCCAAUUUUACAAUAUUUCCAUGGAUGGGAUGUACUUGGAUGAGAAUGGAGACCUGGAAGCUGACUAUGAUGUCGUGAACUUGUUGGUGCUCCCCAAUAAGACCCUUAAGAAAGUGACGAGGGUCAACCAGAAUCCCAGGCUCUUAUCGAACCUCACUCUGGGCUACAACAUCUACGAGAACUAUUUUGAUGCAAGGGUGACUUACGAUGUCAUGAUAGACCUGCUCUCUACUGGGCAGGGAAACAUCCCAAACUACUACUGUGGAAGGCGGAACAGCCUGUUGGCAGUCCUUGAACAGGCUGACUCUGAAAUCUCUGGCCAGAUUUCAACCAUGCUGGACAUCUACAAAAUCCCACAGCUCCACCCUUUCCUGAGAAAGUUCCAGUUUGACAAUACGUCCACGGAUGGGAUCUACUUGGAUGAGAAUGGAGACCUGGCAGCCAACUUUGAUGUUGUGAAUGUGUUGGUGCAUCCCAAUAAGACCAUUGAGAAAGUGAAGGUUGGGAAGGCAGAGGAUGCAGACCAUUGCACCAAAUGUCCGGACAAACAGCAUCCAAGCAAGGACAAAGAUCAGUGUGUCCCCAAGGUCAUAACCUUCCUCUCCUAUGAAGAAAAUUUAGGGAUCAUCUUAGCUUCUGUUGCCCUAUUCUUGUCCUUAACUACAGGCUGCAUGCUAGGAAUGUUCAUUCAAUACCUUGACACUCCAAUAGUCAAAGCCAACAACCGGAACCUCUCCUAUAUCCUCCUGGUCUCCCUCCUGCUCUCCUUUUUGUCCUCCUUCCUCUUCAUUGGUCGGCCAACUAAAGUGAACUGCCUUCUACGGCAAUCAGCCUUCAGUGUCAUCUUCUCAGUUGCCGUCUCUUCUUUGCUGGCAAAAACCAUCACUGUGGUGCUGGCCUUCCUGGCCACAAAACCAGGGAACACGAUGAGGAGAUGGCUGGGGAAGAGUCUGGCCAACUCCAUUGUCAUUUCCUGUUCCAGUGCCCAAGUUGUCAUAUGUGCCAUCUGGCUGGGGGUCUCUCCCCCAUUCCCAGACUCCGACAUGCACUCCCAGCCUGGAGAGAUCAUCCUGCAAUGCAAUGAAGGGUCUGUCGCCAUGUUUUACAUUGCCCUCAGCUACAUGGGUUUUCUGGCUGCCAUCUGCUUCACGGUGGCUUUCCUAGCCAGGAAGCUGCCUGGGGCCUUCAAUGAAGGCAAGCUGAUCACCUUCAGCAUGCUGGUCUUCUGCAGUGUUUGGGUCUCCUUUGUGCCCACCUACCUGAGCACGAAGGGGAAAUACAUGGUAGCUGUGCAAAUCUUCUCUAUCUUGACCUCCAGUGCUGGGCUUCUGGGCUGCAUCUUCAUGCCCAAGUGCUACAUUAUUCUACUGAGGCCUGAUCUCAAUACCAAGGAGCACCUAAUGUUGAAAACAAAAGAUAAGCGGCUAAAGGGGAAGGUUCACCUGCCCAGAGCCGGGCUCGGGGCUCUGGAGGGGAGCCUCAUACCUCCCCCAGCUCCGCCUGUUAAGAAGCCUCUCCCUGCGGAGACCUCUUUAAGGGUUAACACAGACGACCGAGCCGAAGGGAAGAGCGCAAACGAAGGACGUCCCUUUCCUGCCCCGCCUCUCAGCAAGAAAUGCAGGGUGGAAGCGCGGGAGGAGCCCCUCUUCGUGCGCAGCGAUGUUGGAUACAUCUGGAGGGUCAAGGCUGAGGGAGAACCAUCUGAAGUAUCACUGGAAAAAGCUGAGGAGCAGGCGCAGGAGCGGAAACUGAGGAGUCAAGAUGGAGCAAAGAGACAAGAGGAGAGACAGACUCACACAGGGGACAAACCUUAUACAUGCUUGGAGUGCGGAAAGAGCUUCAGUCGCAGUAGCAACCUUACUUUGCAUCACAGAACUCACACAGGAGACAAACCUUAUAAGUACUUGGAGUGUGGAAAGAGCUUCAGUCAGAGUGGCCACCUUAGCAUACAUGAAAGAACUCACACAGGGGCCAAACCUUACAAAUGCUUGGAGUGUGGAAAGAGCUUCAGUCAUAGUAGUACCCUUACGGUGCAUCACAAAACUCAUACUGGGGACAAACCUUAUAAAUGCUUUGAGUGUGAAAAGAGCUUCAGUCGUAGUAGCACCCUUACUUCGCAUCACAAAACUCAUACUGGGGACAAACCUUAUAAAUGCUUGGAGUGUGGAAAGAACUUCAGUCAGAGUGCCCACCUUACUUCGCAUCACAAAACUCAUACAGGGGACAAACCUUAUAAAUGCUUCGAGUGUGGAAAGAGCUUCAGUCAUAGUAGCACCCUUACUUUGCAUCACAGGACUCAUACAGGAGACAAGCGUUAAAAUGCUCGGAGUGUGGAAAGAGCUUUAAACAGAGUUCAACGCUUUCUGUGCAUCAAAGGAUCCAUACAGGGAAGCAAGGCUACCAACAGGAUUUUCUGGUCUCAUUACUCUAUGCCGAUUGGGCCCUCUGCUGCACUCCUCAAAAACACAAAUUUGCAUAAAAUGUGCAUACACUCCAUGCCAAAUGCGAAUUUGUAGCCUCUUUUGCAGAUGUGAGUGGAACACCAAAAAUAAUCCAGUGCUAACACUCAAAUAACAGCUGGUAUAGCACAGUGGGGAGGAGAGCCUGGCUGGGAGUCCAGCAUCUGUGAGUUCAAAUCCCUCCUUGUGUCUCCUUGGUGUCAAGCGUUACGAUUGCCAGGUGGUGCAAGGCCAGGAACUAUAACCCCCACCCCACACACCCCUCCCUUUUUAUGGCUGGUUAUGCUUUCUCGAGGUCUUGUGUGAAAGAAAUUCACUAAAAGCUACUGAAUAAAUUAUCUCUGUGACAUCCUUCCCUGGCUCCCCCUGUCAGGUUCCCACCUGCUUGUGGCUACUGCCUUUCACUAGGCACCAGCAGGGACACCACCAGUCUGGACCGUCCUUUAUAUGGUUUCUCACUCCGCUGUAGCACAGAUCUCACUAGAUCCUACUGCUAGGCAACACCACCAGUCACGUCCUGUAAGCAAUACUCCCAGAGACUUUGCCUCAGUCUCUCUAUAGCUUGUUACUUUGUGACUGUGUGCCUAUGCUGUUCCCAACCCCCUUGUAUGGAUACUUGACUUGUUACAAUAUCUGCCUUCACUGCUGCCACCAUUAGAUACAGUUUCUGUUCAGCCUUGGUAAUUACCUUGCCCUCCCUUCUGGUCUGCAUAUUCCCCCAGCCAAGGACCAGGCCUUUGGUAAACCAAAUAAGUAUUUAUUUACUAACAACAGGAAAUAACAAGAUUACUUUAGGAAUGUUUCAGAAGCGUAUGGUUUCAUAUAUGGUCAUGCUUUAUGUUUCUGUUCAUAUAUAUACUCUUUAAAUAUCAGCCAAAUCCAAUCCAAACUUCCCUCCGAACUCUGCCAACCAACCCUCACCAAAGGACCUCACUCCAAGCAACUCAACAACUUCUCUCCCUCAUCACUCACAAACCUCCAUUUAUACCUUCAGCCACCCAGCCACUCAGCCACUCAUCAUCCAGCAUACUUCAGCUUCUCACCCAUGUACUCCCCCUUUCUCCCUCAGUCAAUUACUAUACAUCAUCUAAUAGACCUGCACUUACCGUAUUUACAGAUGCUUAACCCACAGGAACAUCACAAUCUCCUUCUUUGGCAGACUUCCCUCCUGGACAGUAGAAUACUCCUAUUGUCCAAAGAAAGGAGCCUAAGUUUUCCAGGGUCAGCAAGAAACUUGUGUGAAGACACUCUCUCUCUCUCUCUCUCUCUCUCUCUCUCACACACACACACACACACACACACACACACACACAGACUCUCAGGAGGGGAAGAGAGGAAAAGGUGUUUUAAAAACGAGGGUUGAAUCUAGGAAAAGGGGAAGGGGGGCGAACAGUGAUCUGAGCUCCAACAUGUGUACUACGCUCUGAACGAAUGCAGCGAGGGACUGCAGGGACAGGACCAGGGAGAGACUCUGGGUCUCGGCGCAAAAGCUGGAGACCAAGAGAUUCUUUCCUGGGUUUGGAUCAGAGCUCUUCCACAUAGCUUCAGCUGUAUUCAACUGCCCACUCCGGGCCUAGGAUAGGUAAUCUUUCCUACCUGCCAUUCCUUUCUAGUAAUAGGGUUCUUUUCUCUCUUUAGUUUAAAGUUAUGAAUGGGUUAGGAUAUUAAUGAUUAAUGCUGCCACACACCCAAGU